AAGGGAAAGUAGCUAGCUGGCAGUAGUAACUCGCAUUGACUUGAGUGUGGUUAAUUGUCUUAGUUGUUGUGUUCGGCCUGAACUAGCUGUCAGAUAGUAUUUGUGGCAGCUGUAAGCAUUUAAACACCAAACUGUGACUGUGGCUUAUUUCUCCUUCACAUUUUUUUGUGUCGUUGUUUUUGGGUCGCUCGCUGGCAAGUGAGCAAAAAGAAACCCGUGAGAGCAGUGUUGUCAUCUGUGAAGUGUCGACUCCGUGAGUGAGUAACGAUGAGUAGUAAUAAUAAUAGCCACGACCUGCCUGCUUUGCCCCCGAGUUUGCACAACGAGGACGAGGCUCUGGCCAUAGAGAAUGCCAUCAGGGCGGCUAUAAACACUGUGAUGAACGUGAUCUGCAGCGCUUGCAACCGCAAAGUGCUGGAGUACCAGAGGAUGGUGGCCGACAGGGACAAGGAGAUCAGGAGACUGGAGUGCAAGUUGGAGAAAAGUGAGAGUGAGUUAAAGAUGUUGCGUGCGGAGGUAGACAGGAGGCAGCCAAAUGACCAAAAGACAAAUGAGCCUGAAGUCAAAUCAAGUGGCGUUGGUGCAGCAACACCCACACAUCUUUCCCCGAAGUGCCAUGACACGAUGGAGGCCUUUCCCCACCAACAUGCCCAGACUGAGACACCUUCAUGGGAAGGUGAACGAGCAGCUGGAUGCCAGCCCUUUAGGUGCAUCACCUCCCUGGUUAAAGAGGAGCCCUCUGACUUGGAGACGGUCAUCAAGUGGGAAGUGUGUGAGGGGAGUUUGCUGGACCAGCAGGAGGGUCAACGUGGAGCCGAAGAUCUGCAUAAAGAAAAGCCUGCAAGAAAAGACACGCAGGCUGAAUGUGAAGCAAGAGCUGCAAAUCCUCAGAUGAAUGAGCCGACGACAAUAGAAGAGGAAGACGAACCCGGUGGUAAUCUAAAAAGGAAAGGCAGGGAAAGAAAUGGAUGCCAGCUGCCUGACAGUGAGGAAGACGAUGUUAUUAUGAAGAAACAUUGUGCGACUCAGCGAUCUGCACCUAAAACAACUGCUCCAAAACACAGUCUGGGAGAUAUCAGCCCACCACAGCCACAGGGGCACAGCUCCAAUGGCUCCGUAACAUCACACUUUACUGCACAAGACCCUCUAGCAUGUCAACAGCAGACAUACAUCACCAUGACAGCCCCACAACCUACAUGUGACCCAAUACUUCUAGAGGUCCUUGUUUCACUGGAGACAAUCAAACAGCAAAACACCACUGUUCUUCAAAUACUGCAGUCAGGAAAUUCAUCUGGAGCGCCGCUCUGUGAACCUCCAGAUGUCGGGACACUUCCGCUUCCACUCCAGUCAGUGCAGGACUUAAGAAGUUUGGAACAGAGGCUCUCCGCUGAACCAGAGCUGAAGAAAAAAAUGACCUCAUACCUCGGCCUGGCUGGAGGGAUGACGACCAAAGAGAGUGUCUGGAGGAUAAUGGCCAAGCUUUUUACCAACACUUUGGCCAAAAACAUUAACUGGAGGGGAAGAAAUAACAAGCAGAAGAUUGAGAACCUCACCAUAAAAAGAGUUAUCCUCAAUGCAGUCAGGCAGAAUUCAUUCUGCAAGGACGCAGUGGACGAGGAGAUAGAGAGAUACAUGAAGCGCUGGCUGCAGCUGGCGGGAGACAGAGAUGGAGGACGAAAAAGACGACAGGAAAAGGGCAAGGAGGCAAACAGCAUGCAAGAUUACUGUAUGGAUGAGAUGUUUACUAAUGUGAUAGAAUAGUAGAAACACAUGCUGUAUCCGACAUACAGUGAAUAUCCACAUGACUGAAUCCACUUCUAUCAUCUCGUCUGUAAUUACAGUAACACAGAACUAACAAAACAGGUCCAUGGCCAGAUGUAGAUGCGCACACGCACGCACGCACGCACGCACGCACGCACGCACUCACUCACACAAAACUACAGCUACUCUUCUUUUUAGGAAUUCUGAGUCUUGUAUGUAAAGUAGGUACUGAUGACUGAAAACACUAAUAACUACACUUCUUCUUCAACAUAUAAUAAAUUGCAAGAGUUGCACGAUUACUAUUAUUUUUGUUGUUUUCUAGAGUUCAGUAUUCAUUGCACUUAUACUUUAAUUUUUUAUCAUUUUUUAAAUCAUUUAAUCAUAUUUUGAUAUUAGUUUGAUGUAAUCAAUCAUAUUUAUUUCAUUUUACUCCAGAGAAUGUAUUAUUUGCAUUCAUUGUUAGUAGACCUCAUAAUUCUAAAUGGCAUUGUUAAAACAUUCAUCUGAGGAAUAUUGUUUAAAAAAAUAUAAAGGGAGUUAUGUCCGUUUAAAUGAUGUAUGUAUGUGCAAUGUUCUCUUACAGGAAAUGUAUUGCAGGGAGUUUAUUGUAAGAACUGUUACAUUGGUGAUGCCAAUAAAAUCCUGUCUUUU